CUUCAAACGUCACCACUCUCGGCGCGGUUAUGUCUUCCAUCAGGCGGCUCUGGCUACGAAUCCGCGCUGUUGCGAUUCCAGUCAUCUGAUUUUCCACUUCACGACUUGCGCGCUGGAAUCCUCUACAACGCAAGAUCCCAGAGGCACUCCCGCCACCAAAGGACGACCCACCAAGAACGACCCGCUGGUAUGGACCUCACCCCAGUAUCCCCAGUCAGCAUGGCCUCGCGCAUGGCCAUCGAGCUCGAGAAGCUCGACACGACCGUCCCCUUCCGCGCCUCGCAGACCUACAUCCACCACACGUGGGCGCGAACCUUCCACUCGCGCCCGGAGCUCUACAUCCGGCCGCAGACGCUGCCCGAGAUACAAAAGAUCGUGACGCUGGCGCGGCGCAUGCGGCGGCGGAUAGUCGUCGUGGGAUGCGCGCACUCGCCGUCCGACUUGACCUGCACGAGCGCGUGGAUGGUCAAUCUGGACGACUUUGCGAGUGUGCUGAAGGUGGACAAGAGCAAGAAGACGCUGCUGGUGCAGGCGGGCAUGCGGCUACACAACUUGAAUUUGAGUGCGAAAAAGCAUGGGCUCACGAUGCGGAACCUAGGGAGCAUAGACGAGCAGUCGAUUGCUGGCGCUAUUGCCACGGCUACGCAUGGGAGUUCGACGCGGCAUGGCUUACUAGCGCAGUCUGUAAAGAGCUUGAGGAUUGUCAUGGCUAAUGGACAGAGCGUUAAGUGUUCUAAGGAGCAAAAUGAAGAGAUAUUUAGAGCUGCGUUGGUUAGUCUGGGUGCGCUAGGGAUUGUGGUGGAAGUGGAGUUCGAGAUGAUCGAUGCCUCUGAUAUUGAAUGGGUACAGACGAUUCUGCCUACCUCUACCGUACUGCGCGAUUGGGAGCAAGAUCUUUGGACUCAGAAAGAAUAUACCCGGGUCUGGUGGAUGCCGUACAUGAAGAGAGCAAUCGUUUGGCGAGCCGAGAAGACGACAAAACCACCGCGAGCACCCGCAUAUAACUGGUACGGAGGCGGUGUGGGCUACCACACCUACCAUAUACUGUUGUGGGCUUCCCAAUACGUCCCUCGACUACUACCGUGGGUCGAGUGGUUUGUUUUCGGCAUGCAGUACGGCUUCAAGGAUGGUUUCACAAUCUCUGCAGUUGAAGAACUGCGGACUGGUCUCCUCAUGAACUGUCUUUACUCGCAAUUCGUCAAUGAGUGGGCAUUACCCCUGCACAAGGGCCCCGAAGCUCUCACGCGUCUUACCGACUGGUUGCACGGCGACCAAGAAGGAUCCGGUAUUCCCUUCAGCCCGAAAGGCCUCUGGGUGCAUUCACCCAUCGAAGUCCGCGUCUCAGAUACCACGUCUGCAGACCCGCGGCCCUACCUUGAUAAUACAGUCAAGGAUGGCCCUACGCUCUACCUCAACGCCACCCUCUACCGCCCCUACGGCCAGGAUCCGCCAUGUCUAGCGCGCUACUACGAGGCCUUCGAGUGGCUAAUGCGUGAAAUGGGUGGCCGGCCGCAUUGGGCGAAGAAUUUCACGUCGCAAAUCUCAUACGAGGUGCUGGAUUCCAUGUACGGAGACGAUCUACAGGCAUACCUCCGCAUCCGCAACGAGGUCGACCCAGAGGGCAUGUUCGUCGGCGAAUGGCAUCGUCGAACCAUCCUCCCUCCGAAAUCAGUCUUCCCUGCUCUCGCUCUAGAAGAAAAAGAAGUCAUAAGACGGCCACACACGGGUGGUGGUGGCGGAAUCGAUUGGGUUGGCGAACAAGCCCGUUGGUGGGAUGGCGGCAUCGACAUGAGUAGUAGCGGGAGGAGCGAAAGCGAGGAAAGCUUCGAUCUCAUGCACGGCGCAGAGGCAGAGGCAAGCGUGCUACUCGAGAGCUUACGAGAGGAUAUGGAGGAUGAAGAGAUGGAAGGGUUGCUGGGCCGCACGCAUGGGAAUCCAGUUGAGGGAUGGUCGGGAACGAAUGUGUUUGAUAAAAUGUAGAGCUCAUCAUUGUUGUGGCCCCAGGAUUUUCACCACACAUUUAAACGCACCAUAAGUUAUUGAUACAGAAAGCCAAACUCCAACUUAGUCAAGAUGAACGUUAAGUGAUCGCCCAUCUACUCAUCCGCGAACCCCCACCUCCCAGUCUGAUCCAAACCCAGCGGGUUCUCGCCAUCCUGCAACUUGCCGCCAAUGCUCUCCUUUUUACUC